AACACUUCCAACGUGAGAAGCAUCGCGCCUCUCAAGACGCUCUUUUGUCAUGGGCAGAGGGCAGAUGGCUUUCCCUCUUUGGCCUCAAGGGGAGAGGCCGUACUUUCCAGCUGCCGGCAAUAGCCGCUCGUUCCCGCCUGCCUUCCUUCCUUCCUUCCACGUGAUCUGCUAUCAAACAAGGAUCCGACUUUCGUUUCUUGCUCUUGGAAAGUGGGGCUUUUUUUUUUUUUAGGGAGAGUUUCUCCCGGUAUCUUGCAGUCCCUUUGGCUUGGCCUGUCGUCGGAAAGACCCUCGUAAGUCAGUCCCGCUGGAAAGCGGGCAGAGUGGAGUGGGGGAAGCGCCUGGCUAGCGACGGUGUGCAAUUCCCUCCUGCAAGUAGAGUCUGCUGGCAGAGUUUGAAAGCGAAAGUAAAGCUUCUCCGUGGAGGACGGCGCAACCAUAGGGAUCCCAUGGGAACUGGGAGCCUGCAAGAUGUUAUAGAGAUAGUCCUCCACUUAUAACUACAGUUGAGCCCAAAUUUUCUAUUGCUAAACAAGAUAGUUAAACUAUGUCAGAAGGCGAAAUUUCAAAAACAUCUACAAGUGAGACUGAACUACUGGAAGAACUAGAAAAAUGGAAGGAAAAGCUUGAAAAAAUUGAAAAGCGAAAGACUGAAAUCCUUCUUUCAAAACUUGCCCUUGAUGAGAAAAGAAAAAUGAAGCAAAAGGCUCUGGCAGAUCUAAAAGAUCAGAGUAAUAAGCAAGUAACUGAAAGAAUGAGGAUAGAGAAGAAACAGCAGGAGCAACUUUCCUUAAUAUGUGAGCAAAAUAGUAAGCUGAGAAAGGAAAUUGAGGUCCUUAAGGUGAAUCUGGCAGCAAAGAAAAUGAAAUGUGGAGAACUUAUCCGGAGUUAUUCGCUUCAGCAAUGCCUACUUAAAAAAAAAAUGAAGUUUGUGCACCUGGAGGAUGCCAAGGAUGAAGAUGACUACACUAACUUCUCCUGCCGUUUUCACUUAGCUACAAAAAUCCCAUUCACAGUCAACCAAGGAGAAGCUCUCAUUCAAUUUGAAGAAGAAUCUGUUGCUCAGCAGCUGAUUAGAAAACAUAACCAUAUCAUCAACCUGGAAAAUAAGGAGAUUGCUUUGAAAGCCUACCCUGUUCCUUUGGAGACAGGAACAACAUUUAAGAUUCAUGUUAAGAUCCUUCAAAGGGAGAUUUGUGUUUCUAACAUCCCAAAUGUAAAAAUUGCUGAGGAGUGGAUGAAAGACAAAUUGGAGCUCCUUUUCUGCAAAGCGAAACUGGGUGAAAUUCAAAAUAUAUUUUAUGAUCCACUCUCACAAAAGGCCAUCGUUACCUUUUCUCAGCCUUUAGCUCUUAAUAAAAUAAUAAGGUAUGAACAAUCCUGUAUCAGUGUGUUUGGAAAGAUCCAUCUUCUCACUGUUUCACCUGUCAUAAAAAGCGUUGUGGAAAAAGUACAGAUGUUUUCAGGAACUUCCAGGAAAACUGUACUGUUAACAGGAAUCGACGCAGAACAGAAAGAUGAGGAGAAUGUGGGAGACAUGAUUGAAAUUCAUUUCCAGAAACCUAGCAAUGGAGGUGGUGAAGUGGAUCGAGUGACCUAUAUUCCCAAAGGAACAAAAACUGUCUAUUUUGAGCUAGAUGAAGCAGAUUUUAUAGGAGAUUCUUGAAGAUGUAGCUGGCUCAGAUUCCAAUUAUGCCAAGAGUAAUUGAAUAGUGAAACCGCUGUUGUUUAGGAAUGAGGCUGCCUGUAACGUAGGGGCAGAACCACCUUCAAAGUCCCGUUUAAAGCUAUGAUGUAUUAAAAGUCCUCUUGUUUCAGUUUUUUUUAAAUGUUAAAAUCAGUGAGACUUAAGUUGUGAUCUCAUCACAACUCACAUCAGUGCUUAUAGCACAAAUAGUCAAUAACAACGGCAUUUAGCACAAUUGUAUGAUGGCAAUUUCUGUGGCCUAGGAAUAAAGGUGACUUUAUGCUGUACGAAUUACA